GCAUACAUCAGCCUCCGCCAUACCCGACAAGGAAACAGCAAAAAAGCUCCCCUCGAGCAUGGAUGAGGAGCUGUCUACGCCCCCCCAACAAAAUGAACAACAACGCCCGGGGAGCGGUACACAAGGAAACAGGGUCGUGGGGGACCAUGCGAAAAUGUCAUAUGGCACACAGGCGUACAAGAUGUUACUGAAAGAACAGGAACUGGCAGAGGAGGAACUGCAGGAGGCGAUAGCAAAGGGAAGGGCGGCUCGACAAAGUCGCCCGCCAAUGGAUAUCCCUAUGGAGGACAUCUCAGAGACGGACUCGGACUUGGAAUCCAAAUCCGGACAGGAUUCUAUAAUGGGAUGCUCAGAUACUCCGGCCAUAUCGGGGGCAUCCACAGGGGUGGCAAUAUGGCUUCCUCCCUCGUCUAGACUGAACCCCGUGGCCCACGAAUGCGAUAGGCUAGAGGGGCGCUGGGUGUAUCUCAAGGCAGCAAUGGGGGAUGAGGAGAUUGUCAUCGCCAGUGUGUACGACCCCAAUGAUCCGUUGGACAGGCUUAAGGCCGAAACUGCGCGCCGCGCAGAAGCCACGAAGGCGGAGUUGUUGGCCUUGCUUGGGCGACAAUUCAUUGCGAAUCGUGAUGAUGCUAGGCGCGAGGAGGCUCGGAUGAUGCGAAGGCCUCAGUCGUCUCGAAGGAGGGAGACGCGGGAUGAGGAGCUCGGGGAGGUUGACGAUAUUGACGAUGAGAUUCGGCGUUUAUACACUCUACGUGAGAAGCGCAAAUGCGGUAAGACACCUAUGGCUGAGUGGGCAGCCUUUCGGCAAACUGCCUUCAAUAUGGAUGGCUCUGUUGCUGAUGACGCACGCACUCGUGCUGAGUGUUCCAUGCAGGCGGAGGACAGAAGGAAGAAGGUCCCGGCUGGUGGAGGACCUGAUGGCAUCCUCCAUUAUAUUCUGGAGCAGCGAAGAACGCUGGAGGGACUCCGGCAGGAUCAGUUGAAGAAGAUAUGUGCUGACGAAGGGCUCCACUACUGUACUAAGGGGCCUUCUAUCGAUAGGAUCAUCGUGGCGCGGACUCGUCUUGCUUAUGAAGGAUUCGUCCUUGUCCCAACGCAGGCAGCCACGGCGUCCCCACCGCCUUCACCGGAGAACGCUGAGUCUAAUCCAGCAUGACUAGCACGCUUCUCAAAAUUUCAUCUUUGGAGAAACAUGCUUGAAGUCAUGCAGAAACGGACUGCUGCUUUUGUUUGUGAUUUGCCCUCUAGGAUCCGAUUGUUGUACGAUAAAUGUUGUACGCUCUG